CAUCUUUGUACCAAAUCUUCUUUGUUCCUCAGUCCUCUCUCUCUCUCUCUCACUCUGCUUUGCUUCUGUUCUGCUUUCUGUCUUGUCUCUUUCUUUCCCCAUUGGAUUUGUCAUUCUUUACUCACCAAUGGGAAUCUCCUUUAGCAACAACAACAACAGAAGACGAGACACCAACAACAACCGCCGUCUCCUCCACCACAACCAUCCUCCGCCGCCUUACUAUUACCUCGAUCCUCCUCCUCCUCCUCCACCGUCAUUCCCACCGCAUUAUGACUACAAUUACAAUCUCUCUCAACCUCUACCGCCACAGCCACAGAUCAACUCUUGUUCCUACGGCCAUUACCAUUACUACCCUCAACCUCCUCAGUAUUUCACCACCGCUCAGCCCAAUUGGUGGGGUGGUCCGAUGACGAGACCGUCGUAUUACGGUCCUCCUCAGCCUCAAACUCAAACGCAACCAAUCCCACCGCCGUAUGUGGAGCAACAGAACGCCAAGAAAGUGAGAAACGACGUCAAUGUGCAUAGAGGUACGGUGAGACUCGAGGUGGACGAUCUCGUCCCUGGUCACCUUCUAGUCUCCUUCGUCUUCGAUGCCCUUUUCGACGGCAGUUUCACUAUCACCUUCUUUGCUAAAGAGGAACAAAACUGCACAUUUGUCCCGCAGUUUCCAGAGGUUUAUUCACCAGCAAGAUUCCAUUUUCAGAAAGGUCCUGGACAGAAGUUUCUGCAGCCUACAGGGACAGGAACCGACCUCAGCUUCUUUGCUCUUGAUGAUCUGUCAAAACCCUUACAAGAAGAUGUGUAUCCGCUUGUGAUAUCAGCUGAGACUGUAAUCUCUCCAAAUCCAAUCUCAGAGCAAUCAUCAGUUCAUAAGCAAGUCACUCAAGCGGUUCUCGAGAAGGGUAACGAUGGAUUUUACAAAGUGAAAGUCGUAAAGCAGAUUCUUUGGAUUGAAGGAGUUCGAUAUGAACUCCGCGAGUUGUAUGGCUCGACCACUGAAGGUGCAGCCUCGGGAUUAGAGGACAGUGGUUCGGGUAAAGAAUGUGUGAUCUGUAUGACUGAGAAUAAGGACACGGCUGUGCUGCCUUGCAGACAUUUGUGCAUGUGUAGCGACUGCGCGAAAGAAUUGAGGCUUCAGUCGAACAACUGUCCGAUUUGUCGACAACCCAUUGAAGAGCUCUUAGAGAUCAAAAUGAACAGUAGUGAUGAACAACACUAGUUUUUUUUUUUUUUUUUAAAAAGGUUCUUCCUUUACUUAAAAACACCAUUUCUUAUAUAGUAAUAUGAUUCUUUCUUCUUCUUUUUCUGAAAUCCUCCAUAUCUAAAUCUGUAAUUUCAAACAUUGUUGUGUAACUUCAUACCGCAUAUAGAUUUGUUUUGGUACAAAAGUUUGUAGUUGGAAGAUAUCAGCAUCAGUAUAUGUAGUACUAUUGUGCUAAA